AUGGCGGCCUUUCCCACGAUCUUUCUGGCCAUUCUGUCAAUAGCCAAUGCAGCAGCCUUAUCUGCCAAUUAUCCUAUCAACGCGCAAUUGCCACCUGUCGCUCGAGUUUCACAGCCUUUUCGAUUUGUAUUCGAUCAAAGUACUUUCUCUAAUAGCGAUGAGGACACCAAAUACUCGCUAUCAAAUGCACCAUCAUGGCUCGAGUUAGACAGCAGUAGCCGCACUCUCUCGGGAACACCAUACUCAGAUGACAGCGGAGCUAUCAAAUUCAAGCUUGUGGCAUCGAACGGUUCAGAAAAAGACAGCAUGGAUGUCACUUUUAUCGUGACAGCAGAUCAGGGUCCAACUGUAAAUAAGCCGCUUAUGUCUCAACUGCAGUCAUUGGGUCCGGUUUCAUACCCUGCCACGCUAUUCAUCCUCCCGGGUCGGCCAUUCUCAAUUGAGUUCGACCAGAACACUUUUGACAACACACACCCUUCUACGAUAUAUUACGGAACCUCACCGCACAACGCCCCGCUACCAUCCUGGAUUAGCUUCGAUCCGGCAGCUCUCAAGUUUGCUGGCAAUAGCCCUGCUUUCCCAGGCGCAGGACCGCAGACAUUCACUUUCCAGCUUGUCGCGUCAGAUGUUGCUGGGUACAGUGCGGCCAACAUGACCUUUGAACUUUCGAUUGCACCUCAUAUUCUGGCUUUCAACAAAACAGCCCAGGCCUUCAAUCUCACCAGAGGAGAAUAUUUCUCCAGUCCGAAGUUCACAAGCCUCCUGACUAUGGAUGGCUCACCAGCUUCAAGCAAAGAGCUGGCCAAGGUUGAAGCUGAAUUGCCAGGUUGGCUGAAGUUAAAUAAGGACAAUAUCUCGCUGAGCGGUACGCCACCAAAAGAUGCCGUGAAUCAGAACAUCACUAUUGCCGUUACCGAUUCUUUCCAGGAUAAGGCACACUUGAUGGUUCGAUUGGAGUUUAUGGAGUUGUUCCUUGACACCAUCGAUGGCUGUGAAGCAGCCAUUGGCAAAGAUUUCAAAUUCGUAUUCAACCAGUCUAUUGUCACCGAUGACUCUGUCCAACUCGAUGUCGACUUGGGCGAUGACCUGUCUUGGCUUACUUAUUUCCCGGACAACAAAACACUCUAUGGACAUGUUCCAGACGACCUGGAUCCCAAGAAAUUUACCAUUCCCCUCAUUGCAAAACAAGGAUCUACCGAAGACUCAAGAGACUUCAUUAUCGAUGUUUUGAAAGCCUCGGAUACGCAUUCGAACCCCACAGAUCCGUUUACGCAUUCCAGCAGCCCCGAUAACAAGAAGGCUGGCAUCAUUGCCAUCUCGGUUGUAGUCCCAGUUGCUGUGAUUCUGAGUCUAUUGACACUCUUCUGUUGCUGGCGUCGCCGCAAAAGCGCAUCCACCAUCGAAGAGGGUUCCCCCAAUACUAAGUUUGCUCCACCACGGCCUAUCAGGCCAGAUGUGCCCAACUGCCAGCCAGACAUGGCGGAAAGGCCUUCUCGCGAUGAAAGUUCGGAGGACUGGAUGAGUCCUAUCUCUCCUUCGUCGAUUCCAAAGCUCGAACUGGGGCCGGCAUGGAACGUGUCGUCAUUUGAUAAACAGGAGCAUCCGGUUUCCUUCUCCAUCCCUGAGCCCAUUGUUCCUCCUCGCUCCCCUGCUCGCAACUCUCCCACCCGGGGUGGCUAUGUGUUGCGAGACUCUGUCAUCGAAGAAGAAAACCCGAUUGAAAAUGUUUCCCCCUCUAAGAAGCGAAACAAUCGCCUUUCAUACACGAACAGCCCCAUGCGUCGCAGGACCACCAACCGUUCCCGACGCGAACCCCUGAAGACGAUUCAGCCACGAUCUAUGAAGCGAGAGUCUCUUCAAUCGUCGAAAUCGAAGAGAUACUCGAGGCGUUCGAGUGGUAUCUCCUCCAUUGCAUCUGGACUGCCUGUGCGAUUCAGUGGAGCCGGCCAUGGUGCCGGUGGAUUUGGGCCCCCAGGCCACGGUGUUGUGCAAACGUCAUGGCAAAAUGCGCGAGCAUCAUUGAUGAGCGACGAGAGUAGCUUGACAAAUGUGGCGCCAAUGUUCCCGCGUCCGCCGGCAGCCGCACGCAUGCGCUAUAGCAUGGCAUCUAGCAUCCCUGAAAACCAUAGACGCAUGACCCUUCGCACCGUCGACCCUGAUGAAUCAUUCAUAUCCGAAGGUGACUCUCUUGAAGCGUUCGUCCACAGCCGGGCCAAGCACCGCAACUCCUCCAACCCUCUGUUCUCCGCGCAAAUCAGUCGGCGCCCCUCAGCUGUGCGCGCUCUUGACCGCAAGCGCAGUAUCCGCAGCCGUGCCGAUACCGUUUCUGUCUCAACCUUCAGCGAUGAAUACCGCCAAUGCAUUCAAGAGCGACCCAUGUCUACUGCAAUCUCGGUCUCUGAAUAUGGCGAUGACAACAGCAACCGCUUCUCCCACUAUCAAAGCAUUCACCCGGCCGGUCUGUUCCCUCUUGCCGAGGGCAGUGUCAAUGGCCAGAGCCAGUUGAGUCUCGCCCAGGACUAUCGAGGUGUCAUUUCCCCGCUGCCGCGCUUCUGGAGCGAGAAUAGCAUGGGCAGUGCACAGCAGUUGGAGGGUGGCCAAGCUCAAUCUCGGCCUCCCAAAGUGAACGACGAGAACGCUGUGCCGCAUAGCUCAUCUAUGAUGUCAGAUCUGGAUGAGCAUCUGACGCGGAAGGUCAGCCCUAACAAAGGCACCAUCCAACCGUGGCAGUUAUCACCCGUGGAGCCCCCAGCGCCACUGAGGACUGCCAGUAAUCGGGGUCUCCCUAUAGCCAGCAGCGGCGAGCUGGCAUUUGUCUAA